UUGAACAGCUGUGAGCGAUCGACGUUGUUCGGGAACGAAACGAACACAGACACAGAUACUCCACACGGACGCGCAUAUAUAUACUUAUAUGCAUAAUUACAUACAUCGCAGUACAUGGGGGCUGCAUAAGAAACAAGUACAACAAAAUCACAAAAAAAUAUACAACAAAAUAAAAACGUAAAAUCUUUUGCGUAGUUUAUUCGCUCGCGUCGUUCGUUUCGUUUCUUCACUUUACUUCACUCCAAUCCAAUCCAAUCCAAACCAACUCGUAUCUCAUCGCUUCGUUUUUCGUUGUGCUGCGCUGCUUUGCGUUGCGUUGCGCCGAGAGUUGCGUUGCUUCUUCAGCUCGAUUCGGAUUCAAUUCGAUGUUUAGUUUAGAUUGACCAGGACAAGAAGAAAUGCCCUGGUCUCGCGCGACUCCGACUCGGUAAAGAUAUAAGCAAUCUAGACCCCCAGAUAAACUUACUUACUAACUAAAUCUAGUAACGGAAACCUGUGUGCAUAAAUAAAGUUGUGAUUAAGCCCCGAUAUACAUAUAUAUAACUAAUACCCACGAUCCGUCACCGUUUAAAAAAAACUUAUUGUCUAUAAACAUUCGGUACCAGCUGAAUUUCAAACAAAUCUGCACGAAAACAUUAUCAAAAUAUUUGGUGUUUCAAAAUCAACACGUAAAACAAACACACUCGACGAGCGAGUGCGAGUGUGUGUGUAGUGCAGCAGUAUUAGUGACCACACAAACAUAAGCCACAUAAGUAUGCAUUACAUACGUGUGUAAACUCUCUGCACAUAAAUACGAGCCAAUCUAUUUAAUUCAGUUUCAGUGCAUUUAUAAAUUAAUAAAAUGUACAAUAAAUACGGAGAGCGAGUGCGAUUGUGAGUGUAUACGUAUAUAAGCUCAUUACACGGACGCAGCGAACGUGAGUCUUGGAAUAUUGCAAACACAAAACAAAAAAUAAAUAAAUAACGAGGAACCAGUUUCACCUUGAGGAGCAAUACCUAGUGCACACUCACACAAUCACAAUCACACACAUGGACAGCAUAUGCAGUGAACGCGAGUAUUUUGCUAAAUGAAACAGCCCGAUCAGUCUGCGACUACGAAUACAUAGUUCAUAUAGUGCAUAGCAUAUAACACAUAAUUCGUGAUAAAGCCCUGGAACAUCUGAACCCAAACCAGAACCAGAACCUACGCCUUAUCGGUGCCCCACCACUGCCACUGUUUCUGGGACUAUGUUGAAGCGGGGAUCGGGACAACUGCCCUGGGAUACAGAUACUGAGUCUGAGAUACAGAUGCCCAACCAGAUACCCCAUUAUCACUGAAUGUGGAAAGAUGAUAGCUAAGCCCAACCAGGCCACCACCGAACCACCAUUCAGUUUUCGCCCCGGAACAGUGCCAACGGUUCCAGCAACCACCCCAGCGAAUCCAGCGAGUAUAAAGAAUCCAGCCCCAAAACCGGAGCCACAACUACUACCCCGCACUUCGCAACCCCAAACCCCUACGACACAAACACAAAGCCAGCCAGCUAUUACUCAUCCAGCGGCUGUGGCUUCGCCUUCCGCGCCUGUUGCUGCAGCUGCACCGAACCCCCACACCCACACCCUCACCCGCAACCUCAAGCUCAACCACCCAGAUCCCCACCUCGUAACCCCCGAAUCCGAAUCCAAUAUGGACGACGAAAGAUCUCCGAGCCACAGCGGCCAUGAAAUGACACUGAACAUGAACGGCAUCGAUUCCAGCCUGGUGUUCGGAUCUGCACGGGUUCCUGUCAACUCCACCACCCCGUAUUCGGAUGCAACUCGAACCAAGAAACAUUCUCCCGGCCAUAUUAAGAGACCUAUGAAUGCCUUCAUGGUGUGGAGUCAGAUGGAACGCAAGAAGAUCUGCGAGCGGACGCCGGACCUCCACAACGCCGAGAUAUCCAAGGAGCUGGGCCGGCGAUGGCAGAGCCUGAGCAAGGACGACAAGCAGCCCUACAUCAUCGAGGCCGAGAAGUUAAGGAAGAUGCACAUGAUCGAGUAUCCCAACUACAAGUACAGGCCCCAGAAGAAGCAGACGCGAUCCCCGGGAUCGCUGAAGCAGAAUCCGGACGCAGACAGCUGCGAAGCUAAAAAUGACACUCCCAACAACACACUGACCACUCUUGCAAUUAAUGGAACCACCACUGCCUGUCGAAAAAGCAAAAGAUCUACCUCUACAUGUCAAACUGGUUCAGUUUCGAAACGAUUAAGGAACGAUUCGGGUGAUAACUCCAAGCCUAAAUACGAAGUUAAGGGGGAGCCUGCCGAGCAGCACAAUACCGUGGAUAUUAUCCUACCCUCAGCCGAUAAUCUAUUAAGCUACCAAUCAUCUGAAUAUUUACCUCUUAGCACGAAUAGCAAUGCCGAUUGCGAUGAAAAGCUACACUCAGACCUGAGCACGGGUCCCCUGGAGUCGCGGGAGAGUCUAUCCGACGUGGUCCACAGUUACUUGCCGCUCUUCCUUAGCAGCAACGAGAACUCGCAACUCAACUCCUCGUCGCACAGCCACCACAAUCAGUCGGAUCCCACCGCGGAAUUGAUAGACAACCUCUCCGACAUCAGCCCCAUAAACGACCGCGAGGAGCUGUCCGAGGAGGUGCUUAGCUACCUGCCCUACCUGCAGGUGAAUACCUCGGGUGGGCACACUCUUAAGGUGGAGCCCAGCCUGCUGGAUAGCAAUCCCGGCCUGAUUGAGCCCGUGUUCGACUCCGAGGACAACAUUGUGAACGACGCCAACUUGCACUCGGCCAGCCAUCAAAUACCUCCAUAUGUGCCUGACAACCACGACUGUUUCGCGGAGGACUGCGGCGUCGGGGAGAACUCCUCGCACCAGGUGGAGUUCGAGGUGGGUCCUCAGACCGUCACGAUGACCAUGACCUGUACCGUUCCCUACGGCGGGCCGGAUGGGGACACAUUCCAGAACGACGACUUCAACCCGAUCCCGUCGGCCACCGAGGACAGCGACUGCAGCAUACUGACCACCUCCAACUCGCCGCAGAUCGGCUUCAACGGCACCAGCUUUGUGGAGACGGAUACCAUCGGGAACCAUUGUACAUACACCCAACAAGACUACGCCGGAAAUGUAAUUGAAACACACAAUGAUCUCACCUACGCCGCACACGAUAACAACGGAGCUCUACUAGCUUACACAUUUGAGGACUUGCCGCCUCAGCCAACCGGUAGUCAUUUAGAAUUUAACACUAACAAGUACGAGUUUGCAAGUUAUUAUAAAAUGUGAGAGAUAUUUAAGUUUUGUGUAAUUUAUAACUAAUCUAAUUGUACGUUUAUAAUUUUACACCAAAUUAUAUAUAUAAAUAUAUAUAUGUAUACAGAUAAAUACUAUAUAUUCCAUAAAUUCUAUAUACAAAACAAAAAAAAAACGAGAAUAAAAUG